AUGAAAGAGAGCAAGGAGCCGUAUUUUGUGAAGUUUAUAAAAACUCUGGAAAGUUCAGAGUGUUUUCUUCAAGCCCUUGAGUCCAUCAAAGAAUUUCAAUCAGAAGAAUGUCUUCAGAUUCUUGAUAAGGAAGCUGCACUUAAAAUACAAGAGAAUGACAAAUCCCUUUAUAUAUGUGAUCAGUUUAGUGGCAUUGUUUUUAAUCAUCUUCAAAAGCUUGGUUGUAGGAUUGUGGGACCACAGGUAGUUAUCUACUGUAUGCAGAAUCAACGAUGCGUUCCAAAGGCUGACCAUCCAGUUUUUAAUAUGACAAUGGCUGAUGUAACAAUAUCUUGUACAAGUCUUCCAAAGGAAACAAGGGAGGAAGUCCAUGAAUAUGUACAGUUGAUGGGUGGUCGUGUAUACAGAGAUCUUAAUGUAUUAGUAACCCACCUUAUAGCUGGAGAAGUUGGAAGCAAGAAAUACUUAGUUGCUGCUAAUUUAAAAAAACCCAUUUUGCUUCCCAUUUGGAUAAAAACACUAUGGGAUAAAUCACAGCGCAGGAUCACUAGAUACACAGAUAUAAAUAUGGGAGAGUUUCUGUGCCCUCCAUUUCUUGGUUGUACAAUCUGCGUAACUGGUUUAAGCAGCAUGGAUAGACAAGAAGUCCAGCGUCUCACCACUGAGAAUGGUGGUCAAUAUACAGGGCAACUGAAGAUGAAUGAAUGUACUCAUCUUAUUGUUCAAGAACCAAAAGGUCAGAAAUAUGAAUGUGCAAAAAGGUGGAAUGUUCAUUGUAUAUCCAUGCAGUGGUUUUUUGACAGCAUUGAAAAGAGAUUUUGCCAGGAUGAAUCAAUGUAUUUAAUAGUUCCUAGCACAAAGCAAGAUAGUGCACCAAGCACUUCAACUCCUACAAGUCAAGCUAGCAAGCCAGACAGUCGAACACUUUCGGAUGUUAGUCAUAUUUCAAAUAUCAACUUAAGUGACAUUAAUGAAACAUCAUAUAGUUCUGUUUUGAACAGCAGACUGGAUCCUUCACCUGAUGAUCUGAACAACUUGAAUAUUAGUUCUUUGCAAGCACGUGAGGAUUUACUGGAUGGAUGCCGAAUUUAUCUUUGUGGCUUUAGUGCCAGAAAAUUAGAUAAAAUGAAAAAGCUGAUUAACUCUGGUGGUGCUGUUCGUUUUAAUCAACUAAAUGAAGAUGUGACACAUGUUAUUGUGGGGGAUUGUGAUGAUGAAUUAAAACAAUUUUUGAAGAAAACAGAACACAGGCCACAUGCUGUGACAGUACAAUGGCUUUUGGAAUGCUUUAGAAAAGGUUAUUUAAUACCUGAAGAGCAAUAUGCCCCUGCAAGUUAUCAACAAGCGAAUAUUCCACCUUCUGAGCCACCUUUCAUCUCCAAAAAAAAUGAUAUGUUAAAGAAAGAACGUGUGAAUACUAUGGCAGCUGCAGAUACUGAUGAAGAAUUGCUAUCUCAGUAUGUUACUCAUGAUUCCAAAGUAGUUCAUUUUGAUGACCACAUUGAAACUGAUCACACUGUCGUUCAAGAUGGAAAAGAGGUCACAGUUACUUCCUUGGCAGAGUCUUCUUCAGUUAUUGAAGGAGCCUUAUUUAGUGGAAAAAAGUUUCUCAUUCUUGGUUUUGGUAAAGCAGAUGAAUCUUACAUAAGAGCUCUGAUUGAAGAGAAUGCUGGGAAGGUUCUGCUCCAGGAAAAAAGAGUUAUUGCUGAUUAUGCUGUUGUUCCUCUUCUGGGAAACAAGGUCAUAUCAACUGUAGAAGAUGUGGUUACAAACACAUGGCUGGUGAUGUGUAUAGAACAACAGACUCUGAUAGAUCCUCAAUCAAGUCCACUUUUCAGCCCAGUGCCAAUGAAGGAAGGAGCCACCCCAUUACAGCAUUUUGUGUUGUCUUUCAGUCAGUUUAGUGGAGCAGAGAGAGAAUCUUUAGUAUGUUUGGCAAGUCAGCUUGGGGCAAGAGUUCAGGAAUUCUUCGUGAGAAGAGCCAACCCAAAGAAAGGAAUGCUUGUUAGCACUCACCUGGUGCUAAAAGAGCCAGAUGGUUCUAAAUAUGAAGCAGCAAAGAAGUGGAAUCUUCCUGCCAUUACUAUGGCUUGGCUAUUAGAGUCUGCUAGGAUGGGAAAAAAGGCUGAUGAAAGCAAAUUCCUGAUUGAGAAUAUAGACAACAAAGAUAAACAAAAGAACCUUAAAAAUUCUUCAGAAGAAAUGGAGAAAAGCAUUACAUCUACAAAUACACCUGAUUAUCCUAGUAAAGUCCUUGAAACUGGAAAGAUAACAACAGUGACACCCCUGGAUGUGAAUUGUUUCCAAAGUAAAGCUUUCCAAAGUGUUAUUUCACAGCAUAUUGGUAAAAAUCCUAACCCUCCAAUUGGAAGCAAAGUAGUACAGAAGGAACCCUCUCUGCAUCUCGACACACCAUCUAAAUUUUUAUCGAAAGACAAGCUCUUUAAACCUUCUUUUGAUGUCAAGGAUGCUUUGGCAGUUUUGGAAACUCCAGGUGGUCCUAACCAAGAAAACACAAAUCUAAGUACUCCUCUUUCAGAAGUCAUUGGCAGGAACUUAAAACUAGCUUUGGCCAACAGCACACGCCAAACAGUUGUAAUCACUGCCAGUCCGCAGCUAAAAGCUCCAUGCUGGCAAACGGUGAGCUUAGCAUUUAGUUUCAUUAUACAAGUAUGGAAUCAAACUUCAUUUAUUCUUGGCAAAUUGUUAUUUCCUGAAGUGGUAUUCAUUUUAUUGUGGAAGUAAAUCUCUUCAAAUAUAAUUUUAAUUACAAUAGUAAAUACUAAUAAAAACUAAACAGAAAAAGAUAAUGGAAAGA